AUGGCUGUUCUGAGAAAAGACUUGAUGAAUCGUCGCCGGUUGAAUUCUUUAAACAUUUCGUUUAAACACCAGUACAGUGCUUCUCUACCAGUUCUAACAACACAAAGAUUGAAUGCUGCCAAUUUGGAUAACCAGAGAUCAUUUCAGAAAACGCGAAGUUCUAGAAACACUAGUGUUAUGAGUACGUCAUCUGGAACGGAUGACACGUGUCUCUCGCCAAAUGAUCUCCGUAAAAUGAAAAUGUUACAAACUUUAUUAAAAAUGGGCAUCGAUUUACCCAAGAAAAAGACAAUAACAAAAGAAGAAUUUGCGCAAAGUGACGAAAAGAAAGUUUUGAAAUAUUUAGCAAAUAGUUCUAGAAGGGGAAGUCUUACAGCAAGAACACUAGUUUCGUUUCAACGUAAAACUAGUUUUGAUAACGAUUCCUCAGCAGAUGAAUCAUCGUCGGAAUCUGUUUUACCACCGAUACCACCAGAAAAAAAGAAGUUUGCUUCCAAGGCAAGAGCUUUAACCUGGUUACAUAGUAAACGUUCUCAGGAUAUUAUUUCUCCAGAACCGGUGAAAGUCAGUCGUCGACGAAAAAAGAAACAGAAUGGCAGUAAAAGAUUUCGACGGUUGGCCAAAUUCCUGGUUGUAUUUUUCAGAUCUUGGAAAAUUCACGCCACAAAAGUUCACCAAGUUUUAGGAUAUAUCGACUCCUUACAGCUUAUGUCAGAUAAGCCUCCUAAACAAGAUCUUCUGUUCGAUAUCACUGAAUACAAAGGCACUAAAGAAGCUAGUCUGUCACAAGAAGCAAAAAGGAUACUCCGAAAACGAUCAACAGAAAGAACCCCAGCUGAACUACGCUAUGUUCAAGUUGCUUUAGGUAAUUAUAAAUCCGUAGCAACUUAUCCUUCAAGAAUGAGAAAACUGAUUGCUAAAAAGGGUUGGUAUGAAGAAUUUGAAUCUAAGAGAGUUAUUGUACGAGAAGGUCAUGUUCCAAUGGGAUUCUAUUUUAUCUUAUCUGGAUCUGCUUUGGUGUCGGAAAUGGAUGAAGAUAGACAAAUGGCACAGACUAUCCUUGUUUUAACACGCGGUGAUAGUUUUGGAGAGUUAGCCAUUGUUAACAGAUCUAGAAGACAAGCUACUGUUAUAUCUAAAGAACCAUUAGAAUUACUUGUCCUUUCAAAUAACGAUUUUAUAGAGAUAUUUAUGGUUGGAGGCAUGGCAGACCCGAAUGAACCUUUUCUAAGAUCAAUACCCUGUCUAAAAGGUUGGCCAAUCGAACGUUUGAGUGAUGACGGUGAUGGCUCCAAGAAUGUGAUGUUCAGUUAUUUUAAAAGAGGAACCGUCUUAGUUAAAGACAGUUUGAAAAGUGACUGGGUUUUCAUCAUAAAAUCUGGUAGCUGUGAUGUGAUGAAGAAAUUAAAGACGGUGGAUAUUACUAAAACUGUUAAAAUUCAAGAAAAUAAAGACUGGAAAAUUAAAUUAAAGGAUGAAUUCAAAUCCGAAAAAAAUACUGGUAUAAGUCACGAAGAGAAAAUACGAGUAGCAUUUGAUGAUAAAAUUAUACAGUUACAACAAAUUAAUCAACGUAUACAUAAUACUUUAUUACCUGUUAUAGAAGAUGAACAAAAUGAACAAACAUCGUUACAGGAACUAAAAGACACCACUCUUUCCAGACCAGUACUGAUAUCCCAGGGUUCAUCACGACUUACAGACAAAUCUAUUACAAGAGAAGCCAGUGGAAAAUUAUCUAAUAUUGAAAAGCUACUCCAACGGCGACCAUAUAUGUCGAGUUCUAAUUCAUCCCACCCUAGUACUGUUGAAGUGAGGGGAUCAGUUUUUGAAAGUAAAAAUAGUGUACACCAAGAGACAUCUGAUUGUGGUGAAAGUAAACCACCUAGUCGUGAAUUAUCUAAUUCUUGUAUUUCUCAUUCCAAGAGAGUUGAAACCCCACCAGAUGUACCAACGUUUGUUAGUAUACAGAACCUUAUCAAAGGUGGAGUUUUUGGUAUACAGGAUUUAUUUUUUGAAGAUCAGCCGCAAUUUAUACUGGUCAGUCGAGGUGUCGAGUGUAUUAUGAUCAAUAAAAAGUUUUACAUGCAACACGCGUCUCAUGCUUUCCUCACAAAAUUGCGAGAAAAGGUUUACCCCUACCCGUCUGAGGCUGAUCUUCAAAGUAAACUUGAACACAAAUACCAGUGGCAACAACAUAAGAAGGAAGAAAUCUAUGAAGUUAUCAAAUGUAUUAAGCUGAAAAAACGAGGUCCGGCUAAUUCUCGAUAUAUUUUACCCAAAAUAGCAACAUAUUGA